AUGAUUUUGCUAUGCAGACUCGCCACCAGCGUUUCUGACAAGGACACCGAAUUAAAUGGCUUUUGCUACUUAAAAGAUACGAACAUUCAACUUCCCCUUCAACCGAUGCACCAUGACCCAAGGUACUCGAUCGAUCCCGAGGAUCUCAAGCCGAUGCACCGUGAUCCAAGGUACUGGGCCGACCCCGAGGAGCCCAAGCCGACGUAUCGUGAUCCAAGAUACUGGGCUGGUUCUCAGGAGGACGAGCCAAUUCAUCAUGAUCCAAGGUAUUGGGGCGACAAUGAUAAGAUGAAACCAAUGCACCGUGUUCCAAGGUACUGGGCCGACCCCAAGGGGGCCAAGCCGAUGCAUCAUGAUCCAAGAUAUUGGGCUGAUUCCGAGGAGGGCAAGCCGAAGCAUCAUGAUCCAAGGUACUGGGCCAACACCGAGGAAGUCAAGCCGAUGCACCAUGAUCCAAGGUACUGGGUCGACUCCGAAGAAAUCAAGCCGACGCACCAUGAUCCAAGGUACUGGUCCGAUGACGAGGUGAUCAAACCGAUGCACCAUGAUCCAAGAUACUGGCCUGACUGCGAGAAAAUCAAACCAGUACACCAUGAUCCAAGAUACUGGUCCGACGGCGAGAAGAUCAAACCGAUGCUCCAUGAUCCACGAUAUUGGUCUGAGCCCGAGGAAAUCAAACCAAUGCACCAUGAUCCUAGGUACUGGUCUGACCCCAAUGAGAUGAAGCCAAUGCACCAUGAUCCUAGAUACUGGUCUGACCCCAAUGAAAUGAAGCCAAUGCACCACGAUCCAAGGUACUGGUCCGACCCCAAAGAAAUCAAGCCAACACGCCAUGAUCCAAGGUACUGGUUCGACCCUGAAGAAAUCAAGCCAACGCACCAUGAUCCAAGGUACUGGUCCGACUCUAAGGAGGCGAGGCCAACGCACCUUGACCCGAGGUACUGGUCUGAUGGCGAGGAGAUCAAACCGAUGCACCAUGAUCCAAGAUAUUGGUCUUACCCCAAAGAAAUCAAACCAAUGCACCAUGAUCCAAGAUACUGGUCUGAGCCCGAGGAAAUCAAACCAAUACACCAUGAUCCUAGGUACUGGUCUGACCCCAAUAAGAUGAAGCCGGCGCACCAUGAUCCUAGGUACUGGUCUGACCCCAAUGAGAUGAAGCCAGUGCACCAUGAUCCAAGGUACUGGUCCGAUUCCAAUGAGAUAAAACCAAUACACCAUGAUCCAAGGUACUGGUCCGACGGCAAGUUCAAACCGAUGCACCAUGAUCCAAGAUACUGGUCUGACCCCAAGGAAAUCAAACCAACGCACCAUGAUCCAAGAUACUGGUCUGAGCCCGAGGAAAUCAAACCAAUACAACAUGAUCCUAGGUACUGGUCUGACCCCAAUAAGAUGAAACCGAUGCACCAUGAUCCUAGGUACUGGUCUGACCCCAAUGAGAUGAAGCCAAUGCACCACGAUCCAAGGUACUGGUCCGACCCCAAUGAGAGGAAGCCAAUGCACCAUGAUCCAAGGUACUGGUCCGACGGCAAGAUCAAACCGAUGCACCAUGAUCCUAGGUACUGGUCUGACCCCAAUAAGAUGAAACCGAUGCACCAUGAUCCUAGGUACUGGUCUGACCCCAAUGAGAUGAAGCCAAUGCACCAUGAUCCUAGGUACUGGUCUGACCCCAAUGAGAUGAAGCCAAUGCAUCAUGAUCCAAGGUACUGGUCCGACCCCAAUGAGAUGAAGCCAAUGCACCAUGAUCCUAGGUACUGGUCUGACCCCAAUGAGAUGAAGCCAAUGCAUCAUGAUCCUAGGUACUGGUCUGACCCCAAUGAGAUGAAGCCAAUGCACCAUGAUCCAAGGUACUGGUCCGACGGCAAGUUCAAACCGAUGCACCAUGAUCCAAGAUACUGGUCUGACUCCAAGGAAAUCAAACCAACGCACCAUGAUCCAAGAUACUGGUCUGAGCCCGAGGAAAUCAAACCAAUACACCAUGAUCCUAGGUACUGGUCUGACCCCAAUAAGAUGAAACCGAUGCACCAUGAUCCUAGGUACUGGUCUGACCCCAAUGAGAUGAAGCCAAUGCACCACGAUCCAAGGAAAUCAAACCAACGCACCAUGAUCCAAGAUACUGGUCUGAGCCCGAGGAAAUCAAACCAAUACACCAUGACCCUAGGUACUGGUCUGACCUCAAUAAGAUGA